CAAGUUGCGCUGGCCUUAGCUUACUAAUAAUUACAAAAUGUUUUGUGUAUAUCUGAACAGACGGAGUGUUUACCAUUUACCAUCCAUGCACCACUAAUCACCUUGUUUUGUUAAAGUGUAUCAGCAGAUUUUAUUUUACUGUAUGUCUAAAUACCCUCUAUGCUUUUAGUUUUUUCGCUAAUUUCAUGCAAAAUAAAUGUAUUUGUUUAGCUUUAAAUUCUCAUGUAAGUGAAUUGUCAAAUUUUUAGUGAGAAUAAAGAAUCUCAAACCUAAUAUACUUACCAGUGUUGGCCAAACUUUAAUUGCAAUUGACCAAUAACUAUUACAAAUUGAACCAUAAACCGGAACGGACGGUUCCAAUUUACGGCUCAAUUAGUAAUGGGUUAAUGUCAAUUGCAUUUAGCCUAUUCUGACAGAAUGGUAACACAAAACCCUACACUGAGCAUGGCCCGACAUGCUCUUGGCCGAUUUUAAUAUGUGAGUCAGCUUGAAAUGUGGUGAGUAAUACCAUAUCAUAUAUAUUUUUGUAGUUGAUACCUAAUCUGGAAGAUAACAGAUAGGUAGGUACGCGCGUCUUCUUCUGCCUGUGAAGACGCAGUUAACACUUAAACAUUCGCCUAUCGCAGAUCGGUCGAUAAGGAUUAGAUAGACAGAAAAAACACUGCAUAUUUAUUUUGAAAUAGUAAUAACGUGACAAUAAUAACGUUAUGGGUAUUUUUUGUGCUAUAAACUUGUGUACACCAGCCGACGGAAGGUACAUAUAUAAACCAGGAAGCAUCAUAUCCGGAGCCAUAAGAUAUUGUCUGGAUGAAGAAUACGAGUUUACUUCGAUAUCCAUAUCUUUGAAAGGUCUUGGACACCUCUACUUAGAAGAUAUAGAAAAGAAGAAAAGUGAGGAAAAGUACCAUACUAACGACGAAAUAUACGUUGACUUAAAAAAAGUUAUAUACUCGAACGAAAAGGGAGAAGCACAUUCAAUAGGACAGUACGAGACUCGGUUCAGUUUCCAACUGCCUUAUAAUAUUCCAGGUUCUAUAGAUUACAAAAAGAAUACGGACAGUUAUAACGUUGUUGCCUACGUUAAAUAUUUCAUUCGUAUAAAAUUUAAGAGACCAAUGUUUUUCAGACUAAACAAACAGUAUAAAAAGGAUAUUAUCGUGAUGUCAGUACAAACGCCACGGCUGACAACGAAGCCUUUAGUAUACGGGGAUAAGAAAACCUUGCUUCAAUUAAAGUCAUUAUUUGCAAGCAAUAAAGGUUUUGUCAACAUAAAGGCUGUUAUUGCCAACUCGGUCCGUUCACCCGGAGAGUUCGUCAAAGUUGAUUAUGAAAUCACUAACAAUACAAAUAAAGCAAUCAAAGAUAUUGAACUAAAAAUCUCCGAAGUUGAUCAGUACACUUCUGUGCAAGAUCUUGUGAUAAAAGUUCAUACAGACGUAGAAGGUGCAAAAUGUUUAUAUUAUGAAGGCAUAGCCGGCGGCGAUACAGGUAAAUUUACUGUUGAAAUCAUGAUUCCCCAACAUUGUGCUUCUAUUGAUCACUGUAAAUUUUUGUCUCGAGAUUAUUCAUUAAUAACUCUUGUUAGAUUACCUGAUCCACAUCUAAAUCUGCCUCUAGAAAUUCCAUUCCAAGUUAUUGAAACUUUAUCUGGCAGCUUCGAAGAGAAUGCUUUCUUUUCAAACGAUACCUUACCCGUCGAUGAUCCGCCCACUUAUUGGGAAGCGAUGGCCGAAGAUACAAAGGAUAUACCAGAAAAUAAAGAAGUUGAAAACGAUACUUUAGAAAGUACAGAAGUUGAGGAGUAUGAAAAACAAAAAUAAAAUAAAUACAAGAGUCGAGUUAGUUUUAUACACUCACUUCGUUACUUAUUGUAUAAGUGCAUUAGUCCAGUUCAGUUCAAAUAUACUUUAUUCAUGUAGGCCUACCAACAAGCACUUAUGAAUAGUAAGACAGUAUUACAUAUAAUUCUCAGAGCAGAAUCUUAAGCUAAUUAUCAGAGCAAUUAAUUGAUUUUAAUAUUAUUCUAUAAUACUAUUGAAUUAUUAUUAGAGAUCAAAUUUAAUACUAAUAAUAAAUUCUAAAUGUCAAACAAAUAAAAACACAACAAGGGAAGGACAUAUAUUGGAAUAUCCAUUUGAUCAUCAUUAUUCAAAUUAAAUAAUUAAUAAUUUCGAAUCACAAUUAAUCCCACGUUGUUUUAUCAUUCAUGUAGUCUUGUAUGGUAUAAUAAUCUUUAGAAAUAAGUUUACGCUUUACAUAAUUCUUAAAUUUAUUAAUUGAUAGUUCAGUAAUAUCGUUUGGAAGUUUAUAAUUAAAUCUUACACCAAUACCCAUAAAUGAUUUUUUUAAUUUUAUGGAGCCGAGUGGCGGGCACUGCGGG